UCAUACUAAUCCGAUCACUGUUUUCUACUCGAUUUCCCCUAAUUCUCCUCAAGAUAAGUUCAAUUUGGGUGUUUUGGGUUAGUAUUCAACUUGAUUGUUAGUUGGGAUUGUAUUCGAUUUUCAUGGCAAUUCAACAUGGGGUUAUGGAGAAGAUGGAGUCUGAUUUCGGGAAGCUGUUUAUUGGUGGGAUAUCGUGGGAGACGGAUGAGGGUCGGUUGAAGGAGUAUUUUGCUAGUUAUGGUGAAGUGGUUGAGGCUGUGAUCAUGAGGGAUCGAAUCACUGGUCGUGCUCGUGGAUUUGGGUUUGUGGUUUUCGCUGAUCCUGCUGUUGCUGAAAGAGUUGUAAUGGAGAAGCAUAUGAUCGAUGGUCGGACCGUUGAAGCAAAGAAGGCGGUUCCGAGGGAAGACCACCACGUACCGAAUAGAAACAAUGGCGGAAUCCAAGGAUCACCGGCGGCUCCUGGUGGCCGUACAAAGAAGAUAUUCGUUGGAGGUUUAGCAUCCACCGUCACCGAAAACGACUUCAAGAAAUACUUUGAACAGUUUGGUGCCAUUACAGAUGUGGUGGUGAUGUAUGAUCACAACACCCAAAGGCCAAGAGGUUUCGGAUUCAUCACUUUCGAUUCAGAGGAAGCUGUAGAUAGGGUUCUGCAUAAGACCUUUCAUGAACUCAACGGUAAAAUGGUGGAGGUCAAACGGGCCGUCCCAAAAGAGUUAUCACCCGGGUCCAGCCGGAGCCCGUUGGUUGGAUAUAGCUACGGGUUAACCAGACCCAAUCCGUUUCUUGCCACUAACUACCCUCAAGGCUAUAAUAUGAGCCCGAUUGGAGGCUAUGGAGGUAGAACCGACAGCCGGUUCAGUCCAAUUGCUGGUGGCCGAACUGGGUUCUCACCAUUUGGUUCAUCUGGUUACGGGAUGGGCAUGAACCUGGAGCCGAUUAGCCCGAGUGGGUUCGGAGGGACCUCUAAUAACAUGGGGUAUGGGCGCGUUUUAAGCCCGUAUUUUGGUGGGAACUCAAACCGGUACAUCACUCCUAUCGGAUACAAUCAAAGUAAUGUCAGAAAUGAGUCGUUUAUAGGUUCGUCGAACCGAAACGUUUGGGGAAACGGUGGGCUCACGAGCCCGGCUGGGUCGGGUGCGUAUUUGGGUUCAGGAAAUGGCGGUUUUGGGGUGUUUGGAAAUGGACCGAAUUGGGGUUCUUCACCGAUAUCUGGGGUGAGUUCUUCGGGCUACAAUAGUGGAAGUAUAGGAGGUUUAGGGGGUGCAGAAAAUAGUUAUGGGAUUGGAGGUGGUGGGAUUGGAAGAAACAAUGGAGGUCAUGAAGGGUCUUAUGGUAAUUUGUAUCGUGGCGGUUCGAUGUAUGGUGACCCGACUUGGCAGGCUUCGUCUAAUGAGCUAGAUGGUUCAGGUUCGUUCGGUUACGGGCUUGACGGUUCAGAAGAUGGUGCAGGCCGAAGUUCGGAGGGCUAUGUUGGGAACUAUAACAUUGCAAAUAGACAAACUAAUAGGGGGAUUGCUGCAUAGAAAGUUUUCAAGAUUCGCAUACAUGAAAGAAGGUAACUUUAGGAGGAACCGUUAUUUUCGUAGAUAACCCUCUUUAGUAUACAACACGAGCGGCAUCUUUAACGCGAUUUAGUCUGCGGAUUCUUGAAACGAUCCAUAUACUUAAAAAGGGAAUUUUUAUGGCAAGUUUUGAUUUCUUCA